CAACCCUCUGAAGAGAGAGCGUACCGUAACAAACUAAACUUCUCGUGAAAAGUUGAGCUGCUUCUACUACGCCCUACUGCUAUUAUAGCAGGCUCUGUCUCUCGUCCGUUUGUCCGUCUGUCCGUGUGUUGUUCGCUCGGUUUCGCCCGAUCGCGCGUUCGCCCGUGCCCCGGUCUCGCGUACAUACGUACCUACCACGCGGGGUAAAAGCCAGGAUUAAGUAAGGCUAAGGAAUAAAGACUCUACCUGCACCUAUAUACACUUCGGAAAGGCCGAAACGUUAUCUCUGAUAAUUGUCUGUGCUGGUUAUCCGAUUCGACGAGUGCUUCGUUCCCGUUUCUUUAUUUUCUUUAUUACAUUUCCUUUCGUCAGUUUUGUUCUCUGUGACUUCUCCGUGGACCUCCUUUAUUCGGCAAUUAUCACCCUUGAGUGGAUUCCGGAUUUGUGAUACUGUGCGCCACUCACCGCAUCGCCGCAAGAACUCAAACCCCAAGAUACUGGAUACUCAUGCAACAAACUAUUCGCACUAAAACCCAAGCACAACGAUCCAGGAUUACCAAGCUUCACACCUUCGUCCAAUUUCUACUGCACUGAAGCUGACUGAUCACGGAGAACGAACAUAGUUCCAGGGCGGGACGUCGAGCUCGCCGACGUCUCUGUGACUGGGCUGACAACGGGGACCGGAAGUGGCGGUGGUGAUGUGGCCCAACAGCCUCGGCGGGGGGGCAGGUUGCGCCGGGGGCGGAGGCGGCGCCGAUCUCGGCGGACUCGCCUCGUCCACCGCCUCGGCUACCGACUUGUUCGGUCCCGCGGGCUUUGGGGCCUCAGCCGCCGGGCCUUACGGGGCCCUGAAGACCAACCCUUACGUCAGCGCCCUGGGUAUGCCGCCGAUCGAGGCCCUCCACACCAGCAUUGGCUACCCCGGUUGCACAACCGCCGGUGAGUCCUACUACUGUAACCCUCGAAAGCAGCGACGGGAACGAACGACGUUCACAAGGGCUCAGCUGGACGUGCUCGAGGGAUUAUUUUCGAAAACUAGGUAUCCGGAUAUUUUCAUGCGCGAGGAAGUCGCCCUCAAGAUCAAUCUACCAGAGUCAAGAGUUCAGGUAUGGUUCAAGAACCGUAGGGCAAAAUGCAGACAGCAGCAGAAGCAGCAGCAACAGCAACAGGAAAAAACACCGAGGUCGAAAAAACCUUCCUCUAAUACAGGCAACAAUCCUCCCGCCGGAAAAACACCCUCUAUUACUGCCGCAACACCCGCCCCUGCUGCCGUUGUUCCAGCCACAACGCCACUAAGUGGAGGUACCAGCGGUUCGGCGGCAAGUUCACCAGCUCUUUUGAGGGACUCGCCACAAUACAAGCCUGCCGGAGGUGCAACGAGUCUGCUUCUAGCUGCUAGUACAACUCCGCCAAGUGACUCCGGUGCCUUUCGUUCAUGGACUAGCCAGGACUCACUAGGCUUUCCAUUUCAGUUGGGCGGCACGGUUUACAGCAGCGGCGGAAGCAGCAGCAGUAUUUGGAGUCCUGCGGUAACGGAAGGCGGGGGUGGAUUUCCCGGUGAUCACCAAAGACUGGCAUGGACAACGACGGCGAGUCAGCAACAGUGUUACCAAAACUACUCGUCCUACUACACGAACAUGGACUACCUGUCACCGGCGCCGCACCAACUGAACGUGGUAGAUGGGGGCGGCAGCGGUUUGGACACAACUUGGAGCAAAACGAGGGACGAAAGUGCCUCGUCUUGGUUUUAUAACAGCGCCGGUUGGGGUGACCGGAAGUGAAUUUCGGCCUAACAUCCGGCUCUGGGUAGUACGAGGAAGGCCCAGACACCUACAUAUCAUCGACAAUAUAUUGAAACUCACGCGAUCCGAACAACUUUGACGACGGGUAAGAACGAAGGACGGUUUACAUUUAUGUGAGAGAAAGAAAAUUUACAAUAAAUCAAAUGACGAAAAACAAAAUAACACGAGAGAGAGAGAGAGAGAGAGAGAGAGAGAGAGAAAUUAACGAAACGCGACGGGGACGAAACUAGACAUAUCUCCAAAACACAAAAGCGUUAUUUCCUUCGAUUUUUCAUUUUUA